UGUCAAAAAAUUUGCGGGAUUCGUCGGAAAGAGCGGACACAAACAAAAUAACCAAAACAACGCAACACUUUCGGACGAAUCAGCGAUUAAAUUUGAUAACUUUCUGUACCGAAUAUUUUGCAUUUUCUUCACAGCUAAGUGCCGACCUGCAGUGUGGUGUAAAUGCGGUAGAAGAUACGCAUCAAAAUGUCGCAAACCGUCGUGGAGCUGCACUGGUUCCCGAAGUAUUCGGAUCGAUUUUUGACCGCGGCAAGUUCCGAAAUCAAUUUGUACCAGGUGAAGAACGAUCUGAUUGAUAAUGUGGAAAAGUCGAACAUAAAUUUGGACAUUUCCAAAUCAACCACUGCCACGCUGAUAGCUUCCGAGUCGCGUUAUCAGUUUGUACGGACCGUAGCACCCUCGUACCAUGGUGGAGGCGAGAUCAACUUUGCAGCCGGACUGCCGAACGGAAAGGUCGCGUUAUGUAACUUUGUCGCCGAAAACAAUGUCGAAUUCACCCCAAGAAUAUCCCGAGCAUGCACGUGUAUCGCCUGGAGCGAGCUGGAACCGAACUUCCUGGCGAUGGGACACGACCGGAAUCGGUCCGACAACUGCAUCACAAUCUGGGACACGGAACGCGGUGUUCCGAAUCAAUCAUCAAUUGUAAGCAUGAUUGGAUUGUCGGAAACGGCACAUUCUGUGUGCUGGGACAAAACAUUCCCCCAGGUGCUGAUAGCAGGCAUGAGCCACAAGUACAUCAAAAUGAUGGAUUUGAGACAGAACCCAGUCAUCACGACGGUAGCAAACACACGGACGGUAAACGGAGUUUGCGUCGCACCGAACGGUCGCUACCUGGCAAGCUACGUCGAAAACAUAAUAAACCUUUGGGACUUACGUUCGUUAGAGAAGCCGAUCAGCCAGAUACAGAUGCAAAAGAGCAUCAGCCAACUGUCCUGGUGCCCAACGCGUUCCUCCGUGCUGUCGACGCUUCAGCGCGAUUCGCCGUUGAUAAAUUUGAUCGAUUUGCACUGGCCCGGCUCGGAGAUGGACGGUGGCGAACCGCACUCAGUGAAACGGUUCGUUUCUCCCUUCCAAACAACGGCCACCACGCUGAUGACGAGCCGUGUGCCCUCGAUGGCGUAUCUUUCCUGGCAUCCGUACGAUCUCGAGCGGAUGCUGGCACUGUCGAGCGUGGGCAACAUUUGCGAUUACCGCAUUCCGCAGCGAGUGGCCGUAUCGUGGGACAACAACAACAAUCUGUUCGGUAACAAUGGCAACGAUCUGCGCCAGUUCGCUACGCCGACCCGUUCCUCGACGCCAACCGAUUCGCUCAACCAGUGGAACAUUGACAGCAGCGAGGAAGACAUUGCCGAAACCAUGCAGCACCGGGCGCUGAAGAACUACGGCCUGAUGGCGGACCUGCAGCGCAAUGGUGAUUUGGUGGAAAAGAACGACGGACUGCAGGCGGUUUGGCGCAUGUUGGGCCACAUGGUGAAGGAAGACAACAAGCAGGGGCUGAAAGAGAUACUGGGCGUGAAUAAUGCGCUGGACGGACCGCCGAUGUCGCAGUCCGAACCGGUCAACACGAAAUGGGUCGAUUUCAGCAUGUGCAGCGGGUUGGUGGUGUACCGUAGCGAGCAGCGUGACAUGGCCCAGCUGCUUUGCGGCUGGACGUUCGAGCGUGAGAAAGAAGCCUCGUUCGGUGCGUUCCUGGACGAGCUGUGCGUCAAGCGCGAGUACACGCGGGCGGCCCUUCUGGCGUGCUUUCACUUUCGCGUGCGGUUAGCGAUCGACAUUUUAGGCCGCGGAGCGGAUCAAGCGUCCGAUCCGAGCUCGCUGCUGCGUGUGGCCGCGAUCGCACUGUCCGGCUUCUCCGCCGAGCGGUCCGAGCUGUGGCGCAAGCAGUGCGGAGCGGCACGCACGCAGAUCGACGAUCCGUAUUUGCGAUGCAUGUUUUCGUUUUUGGCGUACGAGAAGGACGGCUUCGAAACGGUCACGAAUGAGACGCAAAUUUCGCUGAGCGAUCGGAUGGCGUUCGCUUGCAACUUUCUGUCGGACGUGAAGCUGGCCGAAUACACCAAGGGCAUGGUGGCGAACUGCAUCGAAACGGGCGACCUGAACGGGCUGCUGCUCACGGGGGCCACAAACGACGGCAUUAGCUUGCUGCAGAGUCACCUAGAUCGGACGGAAGACGUUCAAACGGUCGCGCUAAUUGCGGCCCGCUUUCUCACCUCGGAGCUGCUCGCCAACUAUCGCGUGCAGUACUGGAUUGCGACGUAUCGGGACAUGCUGGACGUGUGGGGCUUGUGGGAGCAACGAUCCCAGCUGGACAUAACGCUGGGCAGCAUUCGGUCGCCACCGCGCAGCUCCCGGUCGGUGUUUUUGUUGUGCAAUUUUUGCGGCAAAAACGUCUCGAUGGCACUGCAGGAAGAUGCGCGUCUGCGCGGGAACGCAACCACCAUGCAUAAGCUGUCCUCCUGUCCACACUGCAGGAAACCGUUGCCCCGAUGCGCACUCUGCCUGCUGCACAUGGGCACGACGAUGGGGGCGAUAUCGCAAAGCCAAGCCAUCCACGGCCAGAUCGGGUGGCAGUCGAAGCCGUUCUCGAAGUGGUUCAGCUGGUGCCAAACCUGCCGCCACGGUGGUCACACCGAGCAUUUGACGGAGUGGUUCAACCAGAACACCGAGUGUCCGGUGACGUCAUGCAAUUGCAAGUGCUUCGCCAAAGAUCUGCCAAUGCCGCAGUUUCCGCGCGACAAGGACAGCGUCUCCUGACACCAGCUGUCCACGAUGUUUUAGAGACCGGUACCGUGAACGAUGUGUUGACGCCGUUUGGGGUCUUUUCUUUUUGUUGCAAUAUGGGACAAGUCGUGUGCGUGUCUGAAAGGAAAUGUUUAUCUUUUGGGGAAUAAGAGAUGCUGUUGAAUGUUAUUCAUCUGUAGGUCGGAACAAUGUCUUGCAAGAGGGACUUUAAAAUUGUUUUAGUUUUGCAUUGUGUUUUGUUUUUACAAUUUGAACGGGGGAAUGCUAAGCAGCGAUCGCUAAUAAAGUAACAUGAAUAAUCACGAAACAAGAUUAAAUGGUA